AUUUCCAAUGGCUAUUACUCAAUCUUUUUUUUCAAACACUUAGGAUACAAAGUUUCCUACUUGGUGUUAUGAAAAAUGUUGUUGCGAUAAUUAAUCGAUCACCUAUUCAGCUCAUCUUAACAUUUAAAUAAAUAAUGGUAAAUGGAAAAAGAAACUUCUCUUUAUAAUAAACGACUAUCUGAUAACUAAGACAAAAUAAGUAAACUAUAUAACUAUUUUUAGAAUAACUUAAAAUGGAUAUGUUAUCUAAACUCGACAUUAAAAGUUGUAAAGAAUCCAAGAGAGUAAACAAGUACUCUCUUCCUAUCAUAAAGUGAGAAUCAAAUAACUAUAAAUGGAGAUGUUGAAAACUUACUAAAAACAAUUAAACGAUAUACAAUUUAGGAGGAAUUUAAGUUGAAAUUCUAACUCAUAAAAAAAAUAGGAUAAGGUGCCUUUGCAGAGGUAUUUUCGAUUUAUAUAUAAUUUUAGGUUUAUUCAGCCAAGAAUAAAUAAUCAGAGGAUUACUUUGCAGUAAAGAUGUUCGAAAAAUCAUAUUUAAAAUCGAACUUAGACUUAUAAUCAUUACAAAAAGAAAUUAAAGUAUUACGAACAAUAUAUCAUGAAUCUUGUGUGAUAUUAUUAGAAUUAUAUGAAACACCAUGUUAUAUCUAUAUAGUAAUGGAAUUAUUAAAGGGUGGAAAUCUUAGUCAGUACCUAGAUAAGUACACACCUCUUUCUGAAAAAUAGACAGCAUAAAUUGUCUAUAAUUUAUUGAUAUCUCUUAAUCAUAUAAAUAAUUUUGGAAUUUUUCAUCGAGACUUAAAACCAGAUAAUAUAAUUUUUCGUGAAAAAGGUAAUUUGGAUUCUCUCUGUGUAACUGAUUUUGGAUUGGCUGAUUUCUAUAAUAAAGAAGCCAAAUAUUUAUUCAGUAGAUGUGGUAGUGUUGGAUUUGUUGCUCCUGAAAUUUUACAUGAUUGUGCUUAUGAUUUAAAAAUUGAUUUAUAUAGUAUUGGAAUUAUUAUGUUUUGUGCUUUAAGUGGAUCACAACCAUUUGAAGGUAAUUCAAUGUAGAAAGUUCAAUAGAAUUAUAAAGGAGAAGUUAAUACUAAUAAUUUAAAUAUGAGUUCAAAGGGUUAAUAAUUUAUAAAUAGUUUACUUUAACCUAAUCCUUAAAAAAGAAUAGAUUUAUAAUAAGCAUUGACUCAUUCUUGGUUUUUAGAAUAAAAUUUAAGUAAUAGAAAAGGAUUUAAAUUAAAAAGUAAGAAAUAAUCAAUAAUGAAUUAAAAUAUAAUGUUAACUCCUCCUUUAGGUAGAAAUAGUCCUUGUUCAACACCAAGAUAACCUAGAAGUCCUAUGACUAAUCCUACAUAAUAAUCUUCUUUUUUAAUGAANCAAAGUUUCCUACUUGGUGUUAUGAAAAAUGUUGUUGCGAUAAUUAAUCGAUCACCUAUUCAGCUCAUCUUAACAUUUAAAUAAAUAAUGGUAAAUGGAAAAAGAAACUUCUCUUUAUAAUAAACGACUAUCUGAUAACUAAGACAAAAUAAGUAAACUAUAUAACUAUUUUUAGAAUAACUUAAAAUGGAUAUGUUAUCUAAACUCGACAUUAAAAGUUGUAAAGAAUCCAAGAGAGUAAACAAGUACUCUCUUCCUAUCAUAAAGUGAGAAUCAAAUAACUAUAAAUGGAGAUGUUGAAAACUUACUAAAAACAAUUAAACGAUAUACAAUUUAGGAGGAAUUUAAGUUGAAAUUCUAACUCAUAAAAAAAAUAGGAUAAGGUGCCUUUGCAGAGGUAUUUUCGAUUUAUAUAUAAUUUUAGGUUUAUUCAGCCAAGAAUAAAUAAUCAGAGGAUUACUUUGCAGUAAAGAUGUUCGAAAAAUCAUAUUUAAAAUCGAACUUAGACUUAUAAUCAUUACAAAAAGAAAUUAAAGUAUUACGAACAAUAUAUCAUGAAUCUUGUGUGAUAUUAUUAGAAUUAUAUGAAACACCAUGUUAUAUCUAUAUAGUAAUGGAAUUAUUAAAGGGUGGAAAUCUUAGUCAGUACCUAGAUAAGUACACACCUCUUUCUGAAAAAUAGACAGCAUAAAUUGUCUAUAAUUUAUUGAUAUCUCUUAAUCAUAUAAAUAAUUUUGGAAUUUUUCAUCGAGACUUAAAACCAGAUAAUAUAAUUUUUCGUGAAAAAGGUAAUUUGGAUUCUCUCUGUGUAACUGAUUUUGGAUUGGCUGAUUUCUAUAAUAAAGAAGCCAAAUAUUUAUUCAGUAGAUGUGGUAGUGUUGGAUUUGUUGCUCCUGAAAUUUUACAUGAUUGUGCUUAUGAUUUAAAAAUUGAUUUAUAUAGUAUUGGAAUUAUUAUGUUUUGUGCUUUAAGUGGAUCACAACCAUUUGAAGGUAAUUCAAUGUAGAAAGUUCAAUAGAAUUAUAAAGGAGAAGUUAAUACUAAUAAUUUAAAUAUGAGUUCAAAGGGUUAAUAAUUUAUAAAUAGUUUACUUUAACCUAAUCCUUAAAAAAGAAUAGAUUUAUAAUAAGCAUUGACUCAUUCUUGGUUUUUAGAAUAAAAUUUAAGUAAUAGAAAAGGAUUUAAAUUAAAAAGUAAGAAAUAAUCAAUAAUGAAUUAAAAUAUAAUGUUAACUCCUCCUUUAGGUAGAAAUAGUCCUUGUUCAACACCAAGAUAACCUAGAAGUCCUAUGACUAAUCCUACAUAAUAAUCUUCUUUUUUAAUGAAAUUGGCAGGAAAAAAAAUGAGUAACUUUCAACUUGAAGAAGAUUCAAGUCCAAGAGAUAAAGAAUUAUGUAAUACUCAAUCCAAUUUUUUAAAAAAAGUUGUAAUAAGAAAAUCUAUUUUUAAUCAUUUAGAACCUCUCAAAAGACAUAAAAAAGUAGAAUGA